GUAAUUAUACUAAUAAGAUAAUAUAUAAUAAUAUAUAAUUCCGUCAGUUUGUGUUUAGUAUUAAGUCAGAUUAUCCAGCUGAGAAACAGAGGAUCGAAAAAGUCUGUGAAGGUCCGCUGAAGUGAAUAUAGCUCUCUGUCCUGGAGGAUUCUACGUGUAUCAACCAAUGACUUACCCAAAUUACCAGCAAGGAUAUGCGACCUAUCAUUAUGUCUGUAAGCCAGACUCUUGUGGACCAUUGGCCAAGUGUAUGCCAGAUGGAGGCUGCAAAUGUGAGGAUGGUUAUGAAAUCCCCCGAAGCCACCUUCCUACUCCGGAUUCAUUUGGUUGUGUUGAUAAUGAUGAGUGUCUAACCUCAUCUAUCUGUGGCCCUGAUUCUAUCUGCACAAACACACCUGGAGCUUAUACCUGUGGGUGUAGACCAGGUUACGCACCAACUGAUCAAUCCAAAGAACCCAGCAAGACCAACAUAUGUACUGAUAUUGAUGAGUGUGCUGACCAUGAGUUGAACAUCUGUGGAGCAAACUGUAACUGCACAAAUUCAAUCGGAUCUUACAACUGUACCUGCCUUCCUGGUUAUCGAGUGGACAAUCCACAUGUUAUAGCCAGCAUUGCUAACCCAUGCAAUGAUAUAGAUGAGUGCAGUGAAACCCCUGGACUGUGUGGUCACCAAACUGUGUGUACUAAUGCACCAGGCACCUUCUAUUGUUCCUGCCCUGAUGGAUUCUACCCAUCAACUGGUGUAAUUUGGAAGGCGGGCAUCACUUUUUGUAAAAGCCUUGAAGACAUUCUAGAUGAAAUCAAACCCCAUAAGGAUCAGACAAAAGAGAGAGCUUUCCUUGAUAACAUGGGUGUAGACCUGAAGAACAAUACAGGUGUCCUUUUACCGGAUGUGACAGUUGCAAACUGCUUUUCUUCAUCUAUGAUGGUUUCAGGUGUUGGAACACUUACCAGCACAAGCAAGGUGAGCAGUGAAGGAGACGGGGAGACCGGCAGUGUUAUUCUUGGCCUCUCAGAGCAGCUCGUUGUUGCAAUGACUCCGUCGACUGAGACGCAAAUAAAAAAGGAAAUGCACACUUCAACAGUGGGUAAGACAAAGCUCAACCUUAUGCUAAUAGGUCAAAUUUGA